GAGAUUUUGUGAUUGCAUUGAGAAAAAGCCAUCCAGCUCUUUCUUUCCCUCCUGCCACCAGACUACAUAAAGAAACAAUGGAGCAGUAUUGGAAGUAUUUAGAUCGAAUGAUGCCCUCGCUUGAGGAAGACCAAGGAGAGCCAUGGCAAAGUAUAGUAUGCUGGGAUCGAAAUGAUGAUUGGUACGAUAUGUGUCCUUUAAAUGAGGAAGAUCCAGAUUUCGGGCAUUACGAUUAUAAUGAAUACGACAUGGCAGAAGAUCUAUCACGUCAUGAUCAUGCCAUUGAGGAUGGAUUGGGUGCAGGAGCAUAUUAUGAUAAUUUCGGAAACGAAGUACUUGAAGAUGAUUGGACAGAUGAGAUUCCACGGGAGGAUGAUUGGUUUGAUGAUUUUACACAAGAAGCUGGCUGUCCACAUCCAUUACUGGACAUUAAUGAGAAAGAAAUGAGCGCUUUGAUGAGGAGAUGCAAGACGCUUCCACAGAAGGAGAAUCAGAGUACGCCAAAGCCCGCUGCUGCUGCUGCUGUUGCUAGAUUGUACCCGUCCUGUUUGGCACAGCCAGAAGUAUGCAUGCAAGUAGGAAGAAAGGCCGUUCUGGAAAAAGAACAACCUCAACGUGAUUCACAGGAAGAUGUUCAUCCGAUCGAAUAUAGGAAUGUGAUUCAAAAUUAUAACAAAAUCGUCAUCCAAUCCCUCGAGAAUGCUAUCAGAGCAAUCCGUACUUUUAAAAAUCAUACUCUGCUAUGUGAUGAAUGCAAAGCAUCCAACAAUUAUCAUUCCAUCGUAGUUAAAGAAGAGGUUAAAACGCUUUUUAAAGAGCUUGAGCCAUUGCUCAAUACCAUCAAGGAAAGCUGAUCCACCAUGCCGCACUUUUCACAGUCAUGUCCAGUAGCACACUUACCUGAUCGCUUUCUUUCUCGCACAUUUCAUUUCAUU